AUGGCUUUUUGGACUAUACUUUUCGGUUUGCUCACGCUACAGAGUGUAGUUAGUACUAAUGAAGAUACAUGUGCAUUUUGCUUCGGUGAGGGGUACCAGUGCAUAAAUGGUAUUUGUUAUUGCGCCGCCGGUUACAUACCAGAUUAUCUACACAGCAGUUGCAUGAAAUGUCCAGGAGUGGGAGAAUUGUGCUACGGAAAAUGUUGUAGUCCAAAUGUCAAUGAAACACUCCAAUGCUGGCGAGGUGUAUGUCGGAAUUGCUACGAACCACUUGGUAAUUGGGUUUGCAGGGAGCCCAUGGAAGAAAUAAUACUAGUUACAGGAUCUCAAAUAGUAAUGGCAGCCACAUUGAUACUUGGAGUUAUUGCUACUUUGAUAUUAGUCUACCUGUUUUGUGCUGUCAGUAGUAUAAGUCCUUUUGAAGCACGACUAGAUGAAAGUCGUUUAUCAGUGGGAAGUUUAGAAAUUUAUGUUCGCGAACGCUUGAAAGAUGUACCUCCAAAGUAUUCCAGAACAGCGCCUGCAGGUUCUGCGAUUUAUCCGACUGAUAAGUUGCUUAAUAAUGGCUUUGUACAUGAUAACAGCUUGCCUCCACCACUAUACACUUCCGAAAGUAAGCAUAGUGUCGAAGAAAAUAUAACGAUCCAUAUA